CUUGAACUUGCUCUCACUCAUGCUUCCUGGCUUUGCUCACAUGCACAGAGGAGGAAGAGCUGUGGAGUCUUAGCCACAUAUGAAGCAGCUCUGUCUAUUUUAAACCCCACCGGAUUGGAUUGAGGAUAUCUUUAUAUCUCUUGCAGCGUGUGACAGAUUGUGUCUCUGAAACAAGGCCAGGGCACAGUUUGAGUUACUCUUUUUUUUUUUGCCAUUUUAUUUGGCAUUUUUGUCCAUCUGUAGGUGAAUGUGUGAGUGAAUCUGUAUGAGUAUCUGAGAGGAAACAAGGAGCAGAAUGAUUGCGGCCCAGCUACUAGCCUAUUUCUACACUGAGCUCAAGGAUGACCAGGUUAAAAAGAUUGAUAAGUACCUGUACUCCAUGCGUUUCUCUGAUGAGACGUUACUCGACAUCACUCAGCGGUUCGGGUUUGAGCUGGUCAAAGGACUCGGCCGGGACACGAAUCCUACUGCUGCACUGAAGAUGCUGCCAACGUUUGUGCGAUCAAUCCCUGAUGGAUCAGAGAAAGGAGACUUCAUUGCUCUGGAUUUGGGAGGCAGCAACUUCAGGAUCCUGCGUGUCAGAGUGAGCCAUGAGAAGAAGCAGACCGUUCAGAUGGAAAGUCAAAUCUAUGACACACCAGAGGACAUCAUGCACGGCAGUGGAACAAAACUGUUCGACCAUGUGGCAGAGUGUCUCGGUGACUUCAUGGAAAAACACAACAUCAAAGACAAGAAACUCCCAGUCGGGUUUACUUUCUCCUUCCCCUGCCAGCAGACCAAACUAGAUGAGAGCUAUCUGAUCACGUGGACAAAGCGUUUUAAGGCCAGUGGAGUGGAGGGGAUGGAUGUUGUCAAGCUGCUCAACAAAGCUAUCAAGAAACGAGGAGACUAUGAUGCUGACAUCAUGGCGGUAGUGAAUGACACUGUGGGAACCAUGAUGACCUGCGGCUUCGAUGACCAACGCUGUGAAGUCGGCAUGAUCAUCGGUACAGGUACCAACGCCUGCUACAUGGAGGAACUGCGUCACAUUGACCUGGUGGAGGGAGAUGAGGGCCGGAUGUGUGUGAACACUGAGUGGGGAGCCUUUGGAGACGAUGGCAGGCUGGAAGACAUCAGGACAGAGUUUGACAGAGAGAUAGACCGAGGCUCUAUCAACCCGGGAAAACAGCUAUUUGAGAAGAUGGUCAGUGGGAUGUACAUGGGGGAGCUGGUUCGCCUCAUCAUGGUGAAGAUGGCAAGAGAAGGCCUGCUGUUUGAGGGAAGGAUCACCCCUGAGCUUCUAACUAAAGGGAGGUUUGAUACCAAGCACAUCUCAGCCAUAGAGAAGGGUAAGGAGGGAUUGUCCAAGGCAAGAGAGAUUUUAAUCAAACUUGGCGUGGAGCCCUCAGCGGAAGACUGCAUUGCUGUGCAGCAUGUUUGUGCCAUUGUGUCUUCCCGCUCUGCCAACCUGAUAGCUGCCACACUGACUGCCAUUCUAAAGAAGCUACAAGAGAACAGAGGAGGGGCACGUCUCCGAACCACUGUUGGCAUCGAUGGCUCUCUGUACAAGAUGCACCCGCAGUAUGCUCGCCGUCUUCAUAAGACAGUCCGACGUUUGGUCUCUGACGCUGACAUCCGGUUCCUCCUCUCAGAGAGCGGCAGUGGAAAGGGUGCUGCCAUGGUGACAGCUGUGGCCUACAGACUCGCCGAACAAUCUCGACAAAUUGACCAAAUACUGUCUGAAUUCCGCCUCACAACCGAACAGCUGCUGGAGGUUAAGAAGCGAAUGAGGACAGAGAUCCAAAAUGGCCUUUCAAAGAGCACUCAGGACUCUGCCACUGUCAAAAUGCUGCCAACCUUUGUAGAAAGCACUCCUGACGGCUCAGAAAAUGGUGAUUUCCUGGCUUUGGAUUUAGGAGGAACCAACUUCAGAGUUCUGAUGGUCAAGAUUCGUUCUGGAAAGAAGAGAACAGUGGAGAUGCACAACAAGAUCUACGCUAUUCCUCUAGAAGUGAUGCAGGGGACAGGAGAGGAGUUGUUUGAUCACAUUGUGCAGUGCAUCAGUGACUUCCUGGACUACAUGGGCAUGAAGAAUGCUCGUCUUCCUCUGGGCUUCACCUUUUCAUUCCCCUGUCGACAGACCAAACUGGAUGCUGGCAUCUUGGUGACAUGGACGAAGGGCUUCAAGGCGACAGACUGCGAAGGAGAAGAUGUGGUGGGCCUAUUGAGGGAGGCCAUCAAGAGGAGAGAGGAAUUUGAAAUGGAUGUCGUAGCCAUCGUUAAUGAUACAGUGGGAACCAUGAUGACUUGUGCCUAUGAGGAACCUACCUGUGAGGUUGGACUCAUCGCUGGCACCGGCAGUAACGCAUGCUACAUGGAGGAGAUGAGGAACAUUGAGAUGAUGGAGGGCGAUGAAGGACGGAUGUGUGUCAACAUGGAGUGGGGGGCUUUCGGAGACAACGGAUGCCUUGAUGACAUCAGGACGGAGUACGACCGAUCUGUGGAUGACUUUUCCCUCAAUCCGGGAAAGCAGAGAUACGAGAAAAUGUGCAGUGGCAUGUACCUCGGUGAGAUUGUGCGGAACAUCCUCAUAGACAUGACCAAGAAAGGAUUCCUGUUCAGGGGACAGAUUUCUGAAACACUGAAGACAAGAGGCAUCUUUGAAACAAAAUUCCUCUCACAGAUAGAAAGUGACAGGUUGGCUUUACUACAGGUGAGAUCCAUCCUGCAACGCUUAGGGCUGGACAUCACCUGUGAUGACAGUAUCAUCGUCAAAGAGGUAUGUGGAACAGUGUCACGACGUGCAGCUCAGCUGUGCGGUGCAGGAAUGGCAGCCGUUGUGGAUAAGAUUAGAGAGAACCGUGGACUAGACCAUUUGGACAUCACUGUAGGGGUCGACGGAACGUUGUACAAAUUACAUCCACACUUCUCCCGGAUCAUGCAGCAGACAGUUGAUGAACUGGCUCCUAAGUGUAAUGUCAACUUCCUUCUGUCAGAGGAUGGCAGCGGCAAAGGAGCUGCUCUCAUCACAGCUGUGGGCUGCCGGCUGAGGAAAGAGCUAAACAGCAAAUAGAAAAUCUCCUCUGUACCCCCCCCCCCCCCAACCUCCCCCCCAACACCUCACCCCUUGUCUCCUUUCUUCCUUAAUCAAACGCGUCCAAUCAACACAUCACGCCCCAGUAGCUGCUUUAGUCCGUCUGCGUGACUCAGAGAAAAGGAGUCUGCUUUCUCUGUUGUGUUUAGUAGCAGAGAGUCAGGCACUCUGUCUGUAGAUUAUUUUUGAUUAACCAUUGUAACGGCACCCAGUCUCUUAAGGGGUUUGCAGUUUUGUGAUUUCUGAGGUGAAACUUAUCAUGGGGAGAAAACACGCACAUUCAACUCCUGUUUAAAAAAAAAAGAAAGAAAGAAAAACAUGAAAAAAAUUGCAGGGCAGAAAGAAGAAAAAAAAAAAAAAAAACUUGACACACUCAUAAUGAUCCUCUGUCUCCAUCUGGAGGAUUCUUGUGGUUAUUGCAGUCUGUUACAAAUUUCCUAGCACAAUUGUUGCAGGGGAAAAGAAAAAGAUCCUUGCAACAUGUUUAAGAGAUGCAAGGAGAUUAAAACAGUUUUACACCAAAGUCACCAAAGUGUGUCUGCUGUGGACUAUUCACUGUCUGUACAGGAAGAUGUGAAACAACAGGAGAAGAGAUAAUGUGUAAUGAGAUGAAAGGGAAUAUUUUUGCUUGAAGAUUUUUAAUAUCUUACCUGAAUAUAAUACAGUAUGUUAUACAUAUAUUGUUGCUAUUUAUUUUAUUUUUAUAUUGGGAGAUGUUGAAAAUUGUUACUGUUGCAAUAAUGAUGCACACAGAAAAGGCCAUCGGUGAAAUUCCCUCGCAUGUUGCCUGUCCUGUGUUUAAGGGCAGGAACAUGAGAAUAGAGGGAACCGUACUGUGGUUAGAUCAGCAGAAAACUACUUCUGAAUGUGCUUCCUUGGUCGAGUCCAAGACUGCAAUCUCUAUCAUCCGUGCUAUAGUGUAAAAAUAUGUCCUGCUGUUGGGUCUAAUCACAACUCUUGAUAAGUUGUUGUCUGUAGAAGUUCUGGCUUCAUCAUCGCCACAGUGAGAUUUCAUCAGUUGCUAAGCAACAGCCACGAAACACGAAAGUGGUGCUAACAUUGAAUGCCAGAGGAACAACAAUGGCCAAACUGUGUAUUAAUAUAUAAGAACAGCACAGUGGGACUUUUAAGAGGACUUCAAAUAGCAUAUCCCUAGACUCACUAUCUGUAAGCUCCUAAAGGCUCAAGGAGUGCUAAAGUGAACUACUGUAUAAUUCAUUGAUGUAGCACAAUUCAUGCAAAUUCCUAAAUAUUUAUCUUCCUCAUCAUAUUUAUAAUCACUAAAAUUGUAAGACUGGUCAAUUUGUUCACUGGCAAUUCUCUGAGAUGAUUAUCAAUAUCGAGGCUGGCCUUUUAUUGUAAUUAAAUGUGUAAAUGUUUGACACUGUAAGAGGAAAAUUAUCUAUUCUGAGGUUAGUGGUACUGUCACUGGCAGGGUACAUCUGAGAUUCAAUGCUGUAUUUAACUUCUAUCUUUGUAAAAUACCAAAAAAAAAGUUAAUUGAAUUUCCUUUUCUAUCUUUUAAUCAAACUGUCAGGAUAAAGAAAGCCAGCGUGUCCUAAGCUAUUCUGCCUCUAUCUAAUUACUCGGUCGAAAAGCCAAUCCCAUCACUCACAGAACACCUUAAUCUCUUUGCUUCUGUUCACUAAGCCUAGAUUGUAUCUGUCCAACACUGUCAAUCAGUCACAAAAUAAAACCAACCUGUGUCAAUCUGAA